AUGCCCAUCUCUGAAUUGGAAAUUCUUGACAAGUUGCUGUCCAGUCGAGUUCAUGAACGAAGAGAUGCAGCCAGACACCUUGGAGCCAUUGGAUGUGAUAAUGACGAGGUAUUAUUAGAACUGAAAAGUAAGAUUGAGAGCGACCCUGAUUUGAAAGUGAAAUAUGAAGCGGCCAAGUCUCUCGUAACGCUAGGAUUCCAUGACGAGUCAGCUAUUAAAGUAAUCGUUGCUAACUUGAUGCAUGGUAACGCCGAGGUUAGACAAGACUUGCUAAUAACACUCAUGGAAGGCAAAGACAUAGAAUACAUGGAUAGGAAUAUGGAAGUGUAUCAUCAGUUGGUGGCAGUAUUGAAAGGUUUCUGUAAAUCUAAAGAUGUGUGUGAUUCUAUUCAGUUUAAUGCCGCGAUAUGUCUGGGAUGUCUCGGUGUUAAACACUCUCUAGCCAAAUCCAAACUCAUGGACAGUCUACAGACGCAUGACUCGUGUAUUAAAGCCAAGUCUCUGGAAAUCCUAAUUAGACAGAUGCAUGUGUGUGAUCAACAGAUAAUUAAAGCUGUAUUAGAACAAUUAAAAUCAUCCAGUACAUGGAAGCAUAGAGCGGCUGCAGCCAGACUACUUAUUUACAUAGGACCACAUUAUGUUUGCGACCCUGACCAUGUGGAGGAAGUCUUUGAAAUAUUAGAGCAUAGACUGUGGGAUGACUCCAGUAAGCAAGUCCAGAAAGAAAUAGCCAAUUGUUUAAUAAGUCUGGGUAUGCGAGACUGGAUAUGGCAAGUCGUAGAAAAAAAACUUGAAGAUGAUAAUGACGAUAUAAGGGCGCAGGGAGCAAUAGCUGUGGGUGUACUUGACAUGAAGAGUGACAAAGUAAUACGUACCUUAUUGGAAAUGUUAGAAUUAGAUUCCAGUGAAUUCGUCAGACUCAAUAUCAUUCGUACCUUUGCAAUACUUGGUAUUACUGAGAUCAAAAUAAUGCGAAGUUUGAGAGAACGUGAACGAACUGAAGGACCACUAGCAAGGGAGGCCGGUAAAACAUUGAAAACUUUGACCGAGAUCCGUGCUCACCAAACACCGAGAACUCCACCAAGAAGUCCCACAAAGAGUCCAUCACCGAACCUGAUGAGAAGCAUGCUAGGGAUAUAGCGACAGUUUUCCACUCAAGACUUGAUUGAUCAUUUUCACGAUGAUUUGAUUGAUAAGUGAUCCUGUAUACCACAGAGAGGUUAAACAGUAAUCUCAGAGACUAAUUAUACUGACCAAGCAUAUUGAAUGCCAAGGCCAUCUUUUUACAGUGGCAAAGUACCAACUACAGUUUUCAGCUCUUCAGAUUUCAG